AUGGAGAAUCCCCCGCCCCCAAGCCCCACUGUCUGCGCUCGUUGCCAGAAGCCAGCGACGACAAGAUGCACUGGCUGUGUUGAUGCACCGGUCUACGAGGAGAUUCUUUCGAAGAAUACCUUCUACUGCAGUGCAGCAUGCCAGAAGGAGGAUUGGGAUUCGCACAAGACGACGUGUAAAGCCCUGAAAGCUCGCAAGACGCUGAAGAGAGCCGCGUCGCUGCUCCAGGAGAUCUUCUACGCGAUCCGUGAACAGGCCAACAUGUUGAGAUACUCUGUCGCCAAAUGCACUGGGUCUAUCGUUCAUCUCAGUGGAGACCAAUAUGGUGGAGGUUGUCCCGAACAGCGGUUGAUGCCGUUUUCUGGAAUUACCAUGACUGGUGAUUUCGACAAGGACGUUUACAACGGGGUGUUGGCAUAUGCUAGCUGUGUCGAGGUCAUGGUUUAUCUUUGCGGGUUUGCCAAAGAGCUUCUGUUUGGUCUUUGCUCCAAGGUCGAAGAGGUCGCCGUCAAAGUCACCAACGAGAAGCUCAUCAUCAACUCGGCAAUCCUCCAACAGCGCACCAUCGACCACAACCUCCACCGCGUGACACUCAAGAAUGGAGAAGUUUGGGUGGUGGACAUAACGGGGGCUCAGUAUGGAUAUCCUGAUCCUCUCUGUGUUUGGAGCGACUACGAGCAUCAUCGGAUCACUAAAGUCACCGAGGUGCUUGAAUUUGGGUCCUUUCGCUAUGAUCUCUAUCCGGAUCACAGCUCGACCUUUUUGAAAGAAUGGAUCUCUCAGCGGGUUCAGAGACUGGAACUCACCGAGGCGCUGGAAAAGCAGAUUCCUGAAUGGGGCAGGGUAUAUGGGGGCAGACUCGACGGGAUCUUGAAGGGCUCUGAUGAGGUUUUCAGCCAGGCGAAAGAUGAAUUCCUUGGUCUGUUGGACGUCUUUAUCAAGGAUACUUUGGCUGGGAUGUAUACUCCCGAGCGGGUUGCGAAGAGAUGGUUGGAAGUUGGCCGUCUUUUUCGCCGUUGAUCUGAAUUAUGAUGAGGAUUAAUAAUUUACUACGAUGAAGUCACAUUGAUGUAUUUCUUGUGUUGCUGCCUAUCCGUGGUGCUAUUCAUGUUUCGAUCGGGACUGGUGCCUAGCAAUACCAAAGGUCUUAUCCUCUC